CACCCAUGCACAGCAUUUAUUGAGGCGCGUGGUGCAGCCACUCACAACACGCUGUUCAGAUGCGCACACACGUAGCUGGCCUGACGUUUGAUUAACUUGGUUUCUUAACUCGGAGGUGGGUAUGGAUGUCUACUUUUCCAUCAACAUUUCUGACAACUUCUCAGAGGAGUCUGGAGACUUCGACCUGGACUUUCAGGAGCCGUGCAACCGAGCUCUCAGCGAUGACUUUAAAAAGGCUUUCCUGCCAGCCAUUUUUGGGAUUAUAAUUGUUCUUGGCGUCAUUGGCAACGGAUUAGUGGUCAUUGUGAUGGGCUACCAGAAAAAGGUCAAAACAAUGACAGAUAAGUACAGGCUGCAUCUCUCUGUGGCUGACCUUCUGCUUGUCUUCACGCUGCCUUUCUGGGCUGUGGACGCAGCCAAAAACUGGUACUUUGGAAGUUUCCUUUGUGUUUUUGUGCACAUGAUCUACACUGUGAACCUGUACAGCAGCGUGCUCAUCCUGGCCUUUAUCAGCCUGGACAGAUACCUGGCUGUAGUGAGGGCCACUAACAGCCAAGCCACAAGGAAGCUUUUGGCAAGCAAAAUCAUCUAUAUGGGCGUGUGGCUACCCGCCACUAUCCUCACUGUACCCGACCUGGUGUUCGCUAGAACGCAUGACACGGCCUCGUCGAACGUCUUCUUAAUGAUCAACGAAAGCAUGGAGAUGGCCGACUCCAGGAUCAUCUGCCAGCGCAUUUACCCUGAGGAGAACAACCUGACGUGGAGGGCAGUUUUCCACUUCCAACACAUCCUCGUGGGCUUCGUGCUGCCCGGCCUGGUCAUUCUCAUUUGCUAUUGCAUCAUCAUUGCCAAGCUAUCCCAAGGCGCCAAGGGUCAAGCGCUGAAGAAGAAAGCCUUGAAGACUACAGUCAUCCUCAUCCUGUGCUUCUUCUCCUGCUGGCUUCCAUAUUGCCUGGGCCUCUUUCUGGACACACUCAUAAUGCUCAACGUGUUCAAGGCUUCCUGUGUCCUGGAACAAGCAGUGGAGAGAUGGAUCUGCAUCACCGAAGCCUUAGCAUAUUUCCACUGCUGCCUUAACCCCAUCCUGUAUGCUUUCCUGGGAGUUAAAUUCAAAAAGUCCGCCAGGAGCGCGUUGACUCUGAACAGCAGAUCAAGUCAGAAAGCAACUCUCAUGACAAAAAAGCGCGGGCAGAUUUCAUCAGUGUCGACUGAGUCAGAGUCUUCAAGUGUUUUGUCAAGUUAACUCGACCGAACCUCUAAAAUGUGACACUUGAAUCCUAAGAUUUGAUUCAAUAUUAUACUACAAUUUGUACAGCUGUAAAAAAAAGAAAAUAAAAAAAUGUUUGCCUUGUAAGGUUUGUUUCCUGAAAGCAAAUUGUUUCCUUGUGCUUUCCAGUCAGAAUUUGCUUUUGUAAAAACUGUGAGGUUGUCAUAUUAGGUUGAGCAAAUUCCUUUAUUCUGAGGGAUGUAGCUCCCUCUAGAAACUGUAAAUAGUUUGAGGAGUUUUGUGUGUUCGCACUUAAGUUGUGUGAUUAUCUUAAAGCUUUUUUAUUUAUUAUUGUCAUUCACACUGGAAGUUUUGUGACGGAGACGAAUUGCAUGCUGCUUUUCAAACUUUUUUU